AUGCACUUUUACGUGAAGCUGCGGCGAAGGCCCGACGCCGAGGGCGUGCAGCAGGUGCUCGGGUCGAGCAUGUGGAAGGGGUGCCGGUGCCUCUCCUUUGCAGGCUACACCUGGUUCCUCAUUGGGGUCGUGUGGCUGAUCAACUCCGACUUCCACGGGGCGUGCGGCGGUCUCAGUGUGUUGACGCUGGCCCUCAUCGCUGUGGCCUUGCUGAAGCCGCUCCUGACCAUUGCCGCCUUCCGGCGGUACGUGCCGCAUGACGUGCACGCCGGCGAGGCAGCUGACACGGCACCCUGCGGAACGCUUCAGGAGGUGAUCGACUCAUUGGCGGUUGUGCGGUAUGCCGCCAACGGCAGGGAGACGGGUUGCGCAGUCUGCCUGGUGGACUUCGAGGAGGAGGAGUCUUUGCGCGAGCUUCCCUGCGGCCACAAGUUCCAUGCGCCGUGCAUCGACAGGUGGCUUUUGAAGAGCAGCCGAUGUCCACUCUGUAUGCAAGAAGUGGAUCUUCCUCACCCAGCACAUGCCUGCUCGAG